GGGGCAAAUCGCCCCUGCUGGAGAGGCUGGAGCGUCUCUUCGCCUUCUCUCUCUACUUUCUCUGUCCUCGCCACUCACAAGUCCUCGCCAGCGGCAGCAAGCACACUGCGCUUCCUCUUCCGCUCCCUCCACUGUGUGACUCGCCCAUCAUCCAUCACCCUCGCCGUGCGCGCGCGGGCGCUAGGCUUUGGAGAUCUCUCGCUUGGCUUCCGAGAUCCGCGCCGAUCCGCCCGCCGCCGCAUUCUCCUCGGGCGUGGCGGUUGCGUGCGCCGCCGCCGCACGAUCCGUUUCCUUCCGGCGCUGAAUCGGGGGACGCUGCCAGCGAGCGGGGCGUUCCGGUUUCUCUGCUCGCUUCCGCGCUCGUGGAGCAGAGCAAUGGUUCGGAGUGACCGGCGGCAGCGACGAUGAGGUGCGUCGCGUGGUGGGCGGUCCUUCUCGCGGCCGCCUCGUUGGUUGGCGCUUGGGGGAACCACACUGUAUCGGCGCUCACGUUGGUAUCGGAGACGUGGUACGAUGACCGCUUGGCGCUGGUUCCUGUUGAGUUUGGCGGCGGUGACGGCGAGGAUGCCGCGGGGCUUCGCAGUGAGCUCCCGUGCCAGACAUACUCCGCGAACUCGAGGUCCUGCGAGGAAUUGAACGGCUCCGGGUCGUUCAACACCACCUGCGUCAUAAGUUCCAGCUCUUCGCUGGACGGUGAUCUGUGCGUAUAUGGCGACGGGAGUGUGGAGAUUCGGCCCCAUGUCAAGAUCAUCUGCCCCUUCAGGGGGUGCUACAUCACCGUCAAUGUCUCAGGGAGCGUCAGGAUUGGUGAGCAUGUUGAGGUGAUUGCAGGGUCGGUAAGCCUGUACGCGGCCAAUGUGUCGUUGGAUCACCACUCCACCAUCAACACCACUGCACUCGCCGGUGAGCCUCCUCCUCAGACGAGUGGGACGCCGCACAGCCUGGAAGGGGCAGGUGGUGGACAUGGUGGGAGGGGUGCAUCAUGUAAAGUGUCAAAUGACACCAACUGGGGAGGUGAUGUGUACGCGUGGUCGACAUUGGAUUGGCCUUGGAGCUAUGGCAGCAUGGGUGGCAGCAUGUCCGCCGGUCAGUUUGGAGGGUACGGUGGAGGCCGUGUCAUGCUUAGGACAUCCGGCUUUCUGAAUGUUGAUGGACAGGUGCUUGCUGAAGGUGGUGUUGGCAGUCUCAAGGGUGGCGGCGGCUCUGGGGGAAGCAUUAUAAUACAUGCUUUCAAGCUAUCUGGAAAUGGCACAAUAAGUGCUGCUGGUGGUAAUGGAUGGGGUGGCGGUGGCGGUGGAAGGAUAUCUCUGGACUGUUACAGCAUUCAACAAGAUUUGGAAAUAACAGUUCAUGGUGGCCAGAGUUUUGGGUGUGCUCAGAAUGCUGGUGCAGCAGGUACAAUAUAUGAUAGUUCACUGCAGACCCUAAAGGUCAGCAAUGGGAAUUUCACCACACGCACAGAAACUCCAUUGCUUGGUUUCCCAAUGACUAGACUUUGGUCCAAUGUGCUUGUGGAGCGCUAUGCAAAAGUGCUGGUUCCCUUGUUGUGGUCCAGAGUACAGGUGACAGGUCAAAUUAGAUUACUAACCAAGGGUAGUAUCUGCUUUGGGUUAUCAGAAAAUCCAAUAUCAGAAUUUGAGCUGGUUGCUGAAGAACUUUUAAUGAGUGACUCUGUUAUAAAGGUCUAUGGAGCUUUCAGAAUGUAUGUUAAAGUGCUCUUGAUGUGGGAUUCAAAUAUUCAGAUUGAUGGCGGUGCUAAGGAUGUUGUUCUUGCAUCUAUGCUUGAGGCAAGAAACCUUGUAGUCCUCAGGCAUGGGUCAGUGAUAUCUUCCAACACUGAUUUAAUGGUAUAUGGACAAGGACUUCUUAACUUGAGUGGCCCUGGUGAUGGAAUCAAAGCUAAGCGACUGUUUCUGUCUCUAUUUUACAACAUUGAGGUUGGCCCUGGUUCCCUUGUUCAGGCUCCACUCGACGAGGCUGUUCCAAGCAACUUGGAUGCACUUUCACGCUGUGAAAGUAAAACAUGUCCUAGUGAGCUUAUUACCCCACCUGAUGAUUGCCAUGUAAACCGCUCCUUGUCAUUUACACUACAAAUUUGUCGUGUUGAAGACAUAACUGUCAGUGGCAUAGUUAGGGGAAGUAUAAUUCAUAUUCAUAGAGCAAGGACUGUGACUAUUGCAAAGGAUGGCACAAUUAGUGCCUCAGAGUUAGGUUGCAAGGAAGGCAUCGGAAAAGGAAAGUUUCUCAAGUAUGGAGCUGGUGGUGGUGCUGGGCAUGGAGGCCGAGGUGGCACAGGGAUUUACAAUGGAAUGAGAAGUGAAGGAGGCCUAGAAUAUGGCAAUGCUGAUCUUCCAUGUGAGCUAGGAAGUGGUAGUGGCGGUUCUGCUUUGUCAGCAGAUAACACUGCCGGUGGGGGAUUAAUUGUUAUUGGAUCCAUGAAAUGGCCACUUUCAAGGUUGCUAGUUUAUGGCUCGCUGAACUCUGACGGGGAAAGCCAUAGAGGCACAUCGGGAAAUUCAAAUGGGACUUUUAAAGGUGGAGUUGGUGGUGGUUCUGGAGGAUCAAUUCUUUUAUUUCUUCAAUGGUUUCUGCUAGAGAAAAACUCAUCAUUAUCGGCAUCUGGUGGCAAUGGAGGUGUAUACGGUGGUGGUGGAGGUGGUGGUGGUAGAAUACAUUUCCAUUGGUCAUAUAUUGCUACUGGAGAUGAAUAUGUUCACAUUGCUUCUGUCAAUGGCACAAUAGUAUCAAGUGGUGGAUCUGGUAAGAAUGAUGGACAUUGUGGAGAAGAUGGAACAGUAACAGGAAAGAAAUGCCCCAAGGGCCUAUAUGGAACAUUUUGCACUGAAUGCCCAGUUGGUACAUAUAAAAACGUUGUUGGGUCCAAUUCAUCUCUGUGCAUCCCGUGUUCUGUGGAUAGUCUUCCAAACCGUGCUGAAUUCAUAUAUAUAAGAGGUGGUGUUACCGAGCUGCCAUGCCCGUAUAGGUGCAUAUCUGAUAAGUACAAGAUGCCAAACUGUUACACACCACUUGAGGAACUUAUGUAUACUUUUGGUGGUCCUUGGUCUUUUUCAAUCAUCCUUUCUUUAACAGUUAUUCUUUUGGCACUUGUCUUAAGUGCUCUAAGAAUUAAGAUUGGUGAGAGUGAUAUCACCUACCGGGCAACUAAUGCAAUCCACAAUGAUGGUUGUUCUUUCCCCUUUUUGCUUUCUUUGGCCGAGGUACCAGGGGCAAGCAGGGCAGAAGAAACUCAGAGCCAUGUCCACAGAAUGUACUUCAUGGGACCUAAUACUUUCCGAGAGCCCUGGCAUCUCCCCUACUCACCUCCUGAUGCGAUAAUUGGAAUUGUUUAUGAAGAUGCUUUCAACCGUUUUAUUGAUGAGAUCAAUUUGGUGGCUGCAUAUGAGUGGUGGGAAGGAUCUAUACAUAGUAUACUUUCUGUUCUUGCGUAUCCUUGUGCCUGGUCUUGGAAGCAAUGGCGCAGAAGGAAAAAAAACCAUCGUCUUCAAGAGUAUGUUAAAUCUGAAUAUGAUCAUUCAUGUCUCCGCUCCUGCAGGUCACGGGCUCUCUAUAAAGGCUUGAAGGUUGGUUCAACUCCAGACUUGAUGGUUGCGUACAUAGAUUUCUUUCUCGGGGGUGAUGAGAAACGACUUGAUGUAGCAUCCACCAUUCAGAAGAGGUUUCCCAUGUGUCUAAUUUUUGGUGGUGAUGGAAGCUAUAUGUCCCCAUACUAUCUACAUAGUGAUACAUUGCUAUCAAAUCUUCUUGGCCAGUAUGUAUCUACUGCGAUCUGGAAUAGAUUAGUCGCUGGUUUGAAUGCUCAAUUAAGGACAGUAAGACAAGGAAGUGUCCGUUCUACUUUGGGCCCUGUUGUUUCUUGGAUCAACAGUCAUGGGAAUCCCCAACUUGAGAGACAUGGUGUUCGAGUGGAGUUAGGGUGGUUCCAGUCCACUGCUUCUGCAUAUUACCAGCUUGGUAUUAUCGUAGCUGUGAAUGAGAACUUCUACAAGAAUCUCCGCCACCAUGAGCAUGCCACAGAAUUUUGUGAACGCUCAAGGAAGAACGUUGCAGUUCCACUUCAGGAUUUCAAUCAGGCAAAUCUGGAUCAGCCUUGCACAAGCUAUGCUGUUUCUAGAAAGCGAUUGACAGGUGGAGUCAAUGGUGGGAUCAUAAAUGAGGGAACGCUCAAGUCACUGCACUAUAAAAGAGACUAUCUCUUUCCAUUCUCAUUGUUAUUGCGUAAUUCCAGGCCUCUAGGCUAUGCGGAAACAUUGCAAUUGCUCAUUUGUAUUGUACUUCUGGGUGAUUUCUCCAUCACCCUGCUUAUGCUUGUACAGUACUAUUGGAUAUCUGUCGGAGCUUUUCUUGCCAUACUGCUCAUCCCCCCUCUUGCUUUGCUUUCACCUUUUCUUGCUGGUCUCAAUGCACUUUUUAGCCGAGGACUAAAACGAUCUUCAGUGACCCGCAUUUUUGCACUUUGGAACAUUACUUCUGUUGUAAACAUUAUUGUAGCAAUCAUAUACGGCUCUUUGUAUUUUUGGCUCUCUUCUUUGGCGGUGUCCUCAGUUCAUCAAGUAUACAACACAAAAAGCUUCAAGAGUAGAGAAGACAAUGAAUGGUGGAUACUGCCUACUAUCCUUUUUCUCAUCAAAUCACUGCAAGCUGGACUAGUUAACUGGCACGUUGCCAAUUUGGAAAUCCAGGACUACUCGUUAUUUAGCCCGGACCCAGAUAGAUUCUGGGCAAUGUAGUCGCCUGCAGCAAGCUAAGAAUUGCAGAAAGCAUGGUUUAGUGAUCGCAAGAAUGGCAAGUAUUAAUUAUUGGAUGCUGAAUAUUUGCGUUUUGUCCCUUGCAACGUCAUCAGCCCAAUACAAUCUCUGAAUCUGAAGGGGUCUAACACGCUGGCUGGAACUUCCUUCUAUUUAUGGGAAGCGCUCCUGCGUAGUGCACUAGUGCAGAUAUGUUCAUUUUCUUUUUCUCAGUUUUUUUCCCGUCUUGGUCGUGUGCCUAGAAUAGGUCUGUCGCUCGGUGGGGAUUAGAUUUGUGCAUUUUCUUUGGUUCAAAUUAAACCGUUGAUUCGAGUGUACAGCAAGAAACUAUUGUGAUUG